CGGGACUGCAGUCAGCGCUCUGACACUCGCUCCUCCUCAAACACACACACGCACACAUGCACACAUGAGUGCGCCUCUCGUCUGCACACACAACCGGCCGCUGCAGCCAGUCGACUUUACCUGAACGAGGAAAAGCGGCGGAACAAACCCCACCAAACGAUGCGAAUUAACCGCAUUAUGCGCCACCGCAAGUUAUUAUUACUUGUGCGGUAACCGAGGAGGUGUGAGCGCGCAUGCCAUCACUAUGGAUUGCGUUUUUCUUCUGAUAUGGACUUUACCCAUCCCGCUGGUCGGCUGCACCUCAGUCAAGCUUCUCUCCACCUUCUUGACCUGGAAUAUCUUCAAGACUCUGCACAUCUACUGCACACACACCUCCCACUCUGAUUUGGCCAGCUCUUCCUCCAGCAACAGCUAUGGAUUAAAUCUUGACUAUGUGUUUGUAACACCUGUGGAGGUGGACUCUGAUGGUACAUACCUGACACAUGAUGUGCGCAGCAGAAGCCAUCGAAGCAGGAGGUCCCUGCCUACUUCCUUGCACUACCGGCUCUCUGCCUUUGGGCAAGACAUGCACCUGGAUUUGCAUCCAUCUUCUGUGGUCGGCCCGGGGUUCACCGUGCAGACUGUCGGCUCUCAUGGCAUCUCCACAGUGACGGACGAUGAGAGGUUUCAUCACUGUCUGUAUCAGGGAUUUAUUCGCAACCUGUCAACGUCCUCCGCAGCAAUAUCAACAUGCUCUGGACUGUCGGGACUGAUCCGCAUCCUUAACGAAGAGUAUUUAAUUGCUCCACUACCUCAACAUCUAGCCGAGCAGCACAACUACAGCACUCCUGAUGGUCAUCACCCGCAUGUAGUCUACAAGCGCUCAGCAGAACACCUUGUUCACAGAAGACCCCGCAGCACCAGGAGUACCGGUUCCUUCAGAUCUGACCAUCCUUAUUUUCACUAUCAGCAGCAUCGAACGCAACAGGACGACCAGCAUGGAAAACUGCUGAGGCAACACUUCUGCGGGCGCCGCAAGCAAUAUGCUCCUAAACCACCAGCAGUGGAUCGAUUCAUCAUGCCUGACGAGUUCGCUAAGCCUGAGGUGGAAGAACCAGGGCGGACAAAAAGAUCUCCCAUCAACUCUAACAGGGUGGGAGGUCUGAAUGUGGAGACCCUGGUGGUGGCAGACAGGAAGAUGUUGGAGAAACAUGGCAGGGACGAUGUCACCACCUACGUCCUCACUGUCAUGAAUAUGGUUUCUAGUCUUUUUAAAGAUGGCACCAUUGGCACGGACAUCAACAUUGUGGUUGUUAGCUUAUUGCUGCUGGAACAGGACCCCCUUGGCUUGAACAUAAAUCACCAUGCUGACCAGUCACUGAACAGUUUCUGCCAGUGGCAGUCGGGUUUGGUGGGGAAAGGAGGCAAACGUCAUGACCAUGCUGUUCUCCUCACUGGACUUGACAUUUGUUCUUGGAAGAACGAGCCCUGUGAUACGCUGGGUUUUGCUCCGAUCAGUGGAAUGUGCAGUAAGUACAGGAGCUGCACCAUCAAUGAAGACACAGGACUGGGCUUGGCGUUCACCAUCGCUCACGAGUCGGGACACAAUUUUGGGAUGAUCCAUGAUGGGGAGGGGAACCCCUGUCGUAAGACAGAGGGCAAUAUCAUGUCACCCACUUUGGCUGGUAACAAUGGGGUGUUCUCGUGGUCCAUGUGCAGUCGACAGUACCUCAGCCGCUUCCUUGGAACAGCCCAGGCAUCCUGUCUCGGGGACGAGCCUAAACAGAUCGGUCAGUACAAGUAUCCUGAGCAGCUUCCCGGGCAGCUGUAUGACGCCGACACGCAGUGCAAGUGGCAGUUUGGAUCAAAGGUCAAACUGUGCAGCCUGGAUUUUGUCAAGGACAUUUGUAAGUCACUGUGGUGUCACCGUGCAGGUCAUCGGUGUGAGACCAAGUUCAUGCCUGCUGCAGAAGGAACCACCUGUGGUCCAGACAUGUGGUGUCGAAAGGGACAGUGUGUGAAAUUCGGAGAGCACGGUCCCCGGGCCAUCCACGGCCAGUGGUCAGCCUGGUCUCAGUGGUCCGCCUGCUCCCGAACAUGUGGAGGAGGGGUUAUGUACAAGGAGCGCUCCUGCACCAGCCCGAGGCCACAGAACAAUGGUAAAUUUUGCCCAGGCUCAAGUCGCCUCAACCAACUGUGUAAUACCCGGCCAUGCCCUCUCAGUGCCGUAGACUUCCGGGCCCAGCAGUGCGCUGAGUACAACAGCAAGCCUUUUAGGGGUUGGUACUACAAGUGGAAACCGUACACUACAGUUGACGAUGAAGACAUCUGUAAGCUGUACUGCAUUGCAGAAGACUUUGAUUUCUUCUUUGCCAUGUCCAGCAAAGUAAAAGAUGGCACCUCCUGCUCUGACCACAAAGGAGAUGUCUGCAUUGAUGGAGUGUGUGAGGCUGUGGGCUGUGACCAGAUUCUGGGGUCCAAGACCACUCUAGAUGCCUGUGGGGUCUGUAAGGGAGACAACUCCACUUGCAAGUUUUUCAAGGGUCAGUACACCCUUCAACAUCGGGCUAAUGAGUAUUACUCCAUGGUGACAAUUCCAGCUGGGGCUAGGAGCAUCCACAUCCAGGAAAUGGAGGUGUCCAACAGCUACCUGGCCGCCAGAUCUCUAAAGAGGAAGUACUACCUAACUGGGGACUGGACUGUGGACUGGCCAGGGAAGCUUUCCUUUGGCGGCGCUACAUUUGACUACCAACGCUCUUUUAACAAGCCGGAGAGUCUGUACACUGCUGGACCUACUAAUGAGACUCUGGUGUUUGAAAUCCUUCUCCAGGGAAGGAACCCGGGUGUGGUGUGGGAGUACACUUUGCCUCGCACCGAGAGGAAACCUGAGUACAGCUGGGGUGUGAUGCGCUCGGACUGCUCGGCUCCAUGCGCUGGAGGUCGCAUUUCAACAAAGACUAUCUGUCUACAGGACCAAAAGACCCAGGUCAACUCCAGCAUGUGUAAUCCCCUCAGCAAGCCCACACUGGGCUCCCAUCUCUGCAACACACAGCCCUGCCCUGCAUACUGGGCCACAGGAGACUGGGGGCCCUGCAGCCGCUCCUGUGGAGGAGGCCAGCAGACCAGGACGCUGCGCUGCCUGAGGAAGGUGACCUACCAGAAAGAGGAGGGCGUGGCGCUCUCCCUCUGCCCCGUCACGUCCCCCGCCCAGGUCCAGCCGUGCCACACGCAGGUUUGCCCGCCAGAGUGGAGCACUGGAUCCUGGUCACAGUGCUCCAAAUCCUGCGGCCGUGGCCUGAGGAAACGGAGCGUGUUCUGCCGCAGCACUGAUCCAGGGGCCAAAGCCGUGGUGGUGCCCGACAGCAUGUGUAGGCAGCACCACAGGCCGAAAGCCCAAGAGACGUGUGUCCUACGGCGCUGCCCCAGAAACGAGAAGGUGCAGUGGAUCCCUACACCCUGGGGAGAGGGGAUCUAUGAACCUUGCGUUGACCACUUCAGCUGGUGCCACUUGGUUCCCCAACAUGGCGUUUGCACCCAUAAGUUCUAUGGACAGCAGUGCUGCAAAUCCUGCUCCAGCAAGAAACUGUAGAGCUGUGUCUGCGGCGUGUGGCCUCUGAAGGAAACACUGCCACAGAAACCACUAGCUUACUCGCCACACACAGAACUGCGCACCAAGAAUGUGUGUUUUCCUCCUGGAGUACUUGACCGAUGCGUUUUGUGAAGAAGUAAAAGGAAAAGAAUGCAUGGACUCUGCUGAAGAGAACAGUUUGGCUGCUGAUGUUGCUCCGCAAAGACAGUGUCACACAGUCCCUGAUUGCAUUUAAAGUUGAGAAACGGCAAAACUCCCACCUGAAGACUUUGUUGAUGUAAUAUAUAUGUAUUGUCUUUUUGAAACCU